GUCAGAACAGGUAUUCGUACCUGCCUAAAACGGUUAAGUGCAUGUAAACCCUAAGGGCGCAUUUCCGAUCCAUACUUUACGCUUCUGAUCAUCUCGAAGGUUCUUUUCCAACUUCGACUUUGGUCAUUGCAAGUGACUCAAUCUCGUUUCAUUUCUAUUAUAUGAGCAUAUCAUCCGCUGCAUGUGCCGCAAAGUUUUGAGAUAUUCAGCGUUCGCAAUUAUUUUCCGCGGCACAACAUCAUAUCGACCACCAACAACUCGGCACACCUACAAACGAUUCAUCAUCAUUAGUACCUCGCAUAUCUCGAGACCUCUCAGCAUAAUGGCAGACCCUCUUUCCCAAAGGACAGACCCGCUCUAUCAAAAAGAUGGCCAAAAAUACAACCAUACCUCACCCAUAACCUCAAUCCAUCCACUAUCAUCUCUGUCUCCAGAAACCCAAUCGCUCUUCAAGCCACCACCAGAAACAGAACCCUACGUCCUAACAACGCCUUCAACAAUAUUCCACGCUCAGGGCGGCGGCCAACCCUCGGAUACUGGAACCAUUUCCGCAGGAUCCACAACAUUCCACGUGCAUCAGGUGCGAAAGGUGGAUCCUACGAUAUUGCAUAUGGGAGUCUUCUCUUCUCCUUCAGAAAAGCAGUUCGAAGGAAAAGUCGACGCUGAACAAAACAUCGAUGUAGAAAAACGUCGUCUGCAUUCCCGCAUCCACACGGCAGGCCACGUAAUCGGUCUCGCAGCUGCCCACCUCAGGGCUGCCGGUUCAAUAGCUCCGGACGUGGUUGAUGGAAAAGCAUCCCAUUACCCUGGCGCAGCCUUUGUAGAAUUCUUGGGUCUCAUUCCAAGCGACAAAAAGGCUGAGAUACAGGCUCGAGUCGACGAGAUGGUGGCUGCAGACAUGGACGUCAAGAUUCACUUUUGGGACGAAGAAAAGGCGAAGAAAGAGUGUACAGGGGUCAUGGAGACUCUGAAAGGGGAUGAAGAGGAUGGGGUCAGGGUCGUGGAGAUAGGAAGCGAAGGAAGUUACCCUUGUGGGGGUACGCACGUGCAGAAGCUGAAAGAGUGUGGGAAAAUCGUCGUGAGGAAUAUCAAGAGACAGAAGGGUGUCACCAAGGUGAGCUAUGAGGUGCAAGAAGCUUGAUUAGAUGCAGUGAUUUGAUCAUGCACACUAUGUGUGUGCUCCACGAAAAUGAAUUCAGCUUUGUU